AUGGUUAGUAGAACUAAUUCUUUUCUUGCCUUUAAGGUUACCAAAAUUGAAUUCAAGUGAAUAGCAGAUCCGAAUGCAAUUUUAGAACUCCUUUAUACUUUGUCAAAUUCCCAUACAUCCCAGCUCAUCUUUCAAUCUCCCCCUUUUGAUUUGGCUCAAAUCUCAGUACUCAAUCCUGUUCAAUUGGAUGCUGAUCUUGUUGAUUCGCUGACGUUUAGUUUUUAUAUGCAAGUACUUGAUGAAAAAAAGCUAUUUGGAUCAACUUUAAUUGACCUUAGCCAAAAUCUCCCUCUGAAAACAUGGCUGACUAUCCCGAGUAAUAAUGACGAAAUUUUAAGUGUAGAAAUAGAAAUUAUAAAAGAAGAAAACAUUGAAAAUUCAUUUGAAAUUAUCCAAGAUUCUCUUGGUGAGAGUGAAGUCAACGACAAAAAAAGCAAUCUGAAAAAAAAUAAUGCAGAAAAUAAAAAUGAGCACGAAAUGAAUGCGUUAAUGAGGCUUUAUGAAAUUGAUGACGCAAAUAAAUUAACUGGAAAAAUUGAAGAAGUGAAAGAAGAUAUUGCUUUUUAUCAUAGAAAAAAAUUAAUUGAAGAUGAAGAAGCAGCAAUUAAUAGGCUAAGAGGACUUGAAAGAUUACAAGAAUUACAUAAAGAAAUAAAAACAGCGAAAGAGGAGAAUGAAGAGAAUAGGCAUAAUGCAAAUACUUUUGAUGCAGAAAAUUUAGAAUAUGAGCUGGAGCAAGGGCUAAGUAAAUAUCAUAUUGAAAACCCUGAAAAAUUGGAAGAAAUGAUAUAUGACACAAAAGAAAAUAUUUCAUUUUGCCUUAAAAGAAAAAGACUAGAAGAAGCAAAAAAUGAAGAAAAUACACUUGCUGAUUUGGAAAAUUUGAAUUCUAUUUACAAAAGAAUUGUUUUAAAAUCAAUGAUAAUUUUAGAUCCUAAGGAAGUUGAAAAUAUAAAGCAACUAGAUUUUCUUGAAGGAAUGCUGAGCGAUAUUUUGUCAUAUCCCCGCUGUACUGAAAGGUUUUUAACGAGCAUUUUAUGCUAUGCCUAUUAUAAAAGCUAUGAUCUUAGUCAAAAAUUAGAUAUUCACCAAAAAAUUGGGACUAUAGAUCCUUAUGAUGAGUUCAGAAAUUUUCUUGAAUUUCUAAAUCAAAGUGCUCAAGGAAAUUUCCCAAGAAAACUUAUUUUUAGCUUUAAGGAAAAUUUUGAAAAUAAAAACUGGGAAAAUUUAAUUAAAGACACAGAAAAACUCCUCAAAGAGUAUAUUCGCCCUAUUAACAUAAAGGAACUUUCUCGCUUAAUCAGCAAAUCAGCUCAAUUCUCUGGAAAUAUAGAAAAUAAAGAUAUUAUUUUGUUGAUUGGGGUCACAGGUGCAGGAAAAUCAACAACAACUCAUUUUUUGUGCGGAUCCAAAUUAGAUAGAAUUCUGGAAGAUGGCGUGAGGCAUAUCAAAGCAGUUGCUAUAAAAAAUCCCACAUUAAAAAAUAUAUCAAUUUCAUCGCAUGCACAAUCAGAGACUAGAUACAUCACUUUGGUGCCAAUAAAUAUAAAAGAUUCUCAAGAGACUAUUUUUCUAUGUGAUACUCCAGGGUUACUGGAUACAAGCGGAGCAGAAGUUGAUAUAGCAAACACAAUCAGUAUUGUUGAAUAUGUUAAAAAAUGCAGAAGUGUCAGACCAUUGAUUUUAUUAAGCAGCAAAACUGAAGGUGAUAGAUUUGAAGGAGUCAAAAAAUUGGCCCACACAUUGGCCAGACUUGUCCCUAAUUUCAAUAAAUAUAGCAAUUCGUUUACAUAUGCAUUUACAAAGUAUAAAAAGAAAGAUGCUUCUAAUAUACAUGCGUUGGUGAAUAAUGCUAUCAGAAAAAUUGAGAUACCUGAUGAAGCGUUUCUCCAUAUUUUAAAUGAUAUAAAAAAUAAAACUAAAAACGGCGCCAUAACUAUUGACCCAUUAAAAGAUGAUCCACAAGAAUUGAUCAGAAAAAUAUUGGAAAGAGAGCCAAUAGAAGACCCAAAAAAUGCUUUUGAAAGUUUUAUAACUGAAGACUCACGCCUUUCUAUAAAAAAUCAAGUAUUGAUUUAUUCAAAAGAUAUUGAAAAGGCCUUAAAUUCAAUGAAUUAUGAGAUAAUAAAAUAUAAAUUGGACGAUCUUAAAUAUCUAGCAAGCCAAUUUGCACAGUUUGAGCCACAAUAUAUUAGCUGUGUUGAGUCUGUAAUCAAAAAAACUAAUGAUACAUAUGAGAAUACAGUUGCUCAGUUUAACAGCUUUCUUGAUAAGCAUGGAACUUUAGAUGAAGCUAAUAUAAAAGCUUAUAAAGAAAUUUAUAAUUCUCUUAAAACGUCAGAAGAAAUAAGGGAAAGCCAUUUAAAAGGCGAAACAGUAAAAUCAGCUGCAAUGGUAACCAAUAUUAUCUCGAAGCUCAGUCUUGCUCAUCUAAACUUAAAAUCUGAAAAUAUUGAUUCUUAUAUCUUGAAAGCACAAUUAAAUAAUGCAAAACUUUUGAGUGAAACAUUUGAAGAUGUGACACCAAAUUAUGAAGGUAUUUGUAGAGAAUAUAUAAAUCUUAUUGAAAGCUUAUUGUCUUCUGCUGAAUUUUUUACGAAGAAUGAUAAUUUUGAGAGCUUUGCUAAUACUUUAUUGCAAGCAAAAAAAUUAUUAGGAAUUGUUUUAGGCCAUUUGAAUUUAGAUUCCUUACUCUCCCCCUUUCUGUGAAGGAAUAAAACCAUUAAUAUUUGGCUAAAAUCCACGCGUCAAACAAAAAAUUUAUUUUAUUAUCAAAAUUUUUAUGAAAAAAAAUGGCAUAUAAGUGAUAAUUAGUGUAAUGAAAUCUCUAGCUAAUUCUACUUAAUUUUAAGCAGCUUCCAUUUCAAAACAGAAACCAAAUUAAUUUUAAUAUUUACUUUCAAUUGGGAUUUUUCUAUUUUGAAAAACAAAUACUAAAAUUUUAUAUAAUUUUUUAAUUUAAAAAUUCAUCCCAUCCAUAAGCUAAUAAAUAUUUUUUGUUCGCUCAUGGAGGGGAGUUAAAUGAAAAAUAUAGUAUUAUUUUAAAUAAGUUUGUUUCAAGCUUAAAGCAAAGAUGUGAAAAGUUUUAUAUUACUAAGUUUUAUAACGUUUAACGUCACUAAAGGUAGCCGUUUCCAGAGCUGCCACUAUAUUUGUCCACGCGUCUGGCCCAUGGACAUCUGGAUCGACCCACUUCGAAGCUCCAGGGCACGGGCAAUUACAGCAUUCGGCUUCGACAAGCUGCGUUGCCUUGCCUUCUUUGCUCAGCUCCUGCGCGUGCUCCGCCUAAGGGUCACCCUCCUUAGGUGUGCUGAGGGGUAAAACUUCAAGCCUCUUGAUAAACUCGGAGCACUGCCUCGGGCCUAUACGCCAGAGUUAAACUGCUGUUGCUGUACAGAAGUUCUCUAAAGAAAACCCAACCUCAUAAAUAAAAUUCCAUGAGAGAGAAAAAAUUAGCGGAGCUAAUUUCACUCGAACCGAAUGCCAUUUUAUUUAUAAAAUGUGAAAAAUCAAUUGCACUAUUAAACAAAGGAUACAUUGCAAAAAACGAUAUAGAAAUUCUUAACUCCCCCCCCCAUUCUUGAUCGAACGAUUGACUGUAAAAAUUCCUAAAAAUUGGGGAAAUUAACCCCCAUCCUUGAUCGAACGAUUUUCAUUUCAUGCAAAUUUUUAUAUAUAUAAAAAUAUAUUAGUUAUCAAAAGCUUGGGAAGAUGUACAUAAUGAAGUUGUUUUCAAAGACUUUGAGACGACAGAAAGCUUCGGAGUCAACUAUUCGAAGUGAUUUAGUUAUUAACCUAGGCUUAAAACCCAAUAAUCUAAUAAAAUAGAGAUUUUUUUAAAUUUUUAAAAAAACAAAAUUAAUUUAAUGAGGAACAAAUUAAAAUUUAUACACUUUAAAGGGGUAGCUAAUAAAUCAAAAUAUUAAAAAAUUGGUAUUUUUAUGAAAUUAAUUCAAUUUUUUGCUGUAAAAAUAAUUAUUAAAUACUCUUAACACUCUUAUUUAAAAGUAAAUAAAAUAAAAUAUAUAUAUUUUUUUUAUUUUAUAUAUAAAUUUUUUUUACCAAAAAAAUUUUUUUAACCCCCAUCCUUGAUCGAACGAUGGCGAGUCGUUCGAACAAGGAUGGGGGGGGGACUAAGAAAAAUAUAACUAUCAUAAAAUCAGCUAAUGAUACUCAUUCUUUAAAUUUUCUUAUCUCCAAAUUAGAAAUAAAGGAGUUUUUGCAAUCAAUUAUUAUUGUAUAUCAACAAUACUUUGAUAAGGCUAAGGAUGAUGUGAUAUCAUUUAUUAAUAAUGAAGAGACGUAUAAUGUAGCUGAAAUUGAACCAAAAUUUGAUGAAUUUAGCCUUUUAAUGGAGAUACCUGAUAUAGAGUAUUUAAUUUCUGCUUCUUAUCAAGAAAGUUAA